GGUGCUAAGUAUGAGGAGAAGUUCUAUGCUUGUGGUGAGGCUCCCAACUAUGACAAAAGCUGUUGGUUUAAUGAGAAAGACAAACUUGGGAUGGACUUUCCUAAUUUGCCCUAUCUAGAGGAUGGAGACACAAAAGUAGUCCAAAGCAAUGCCAUAAUGAGAUACAUCGCCCGCAAACACAACCUCUGUGGGGAAACUGAAGAAGCGCAGGUGAGAGUUGACAUCUUGGAAAACCAGGCAAUGGAUUUCCGUAAUGGUUUUGUCCAGCUCUGCUAUGGAGACUUUGUGAGUGAUUGA